CGGGUGGCUCCCCAAUUUCUUCACCGAGUCUGCAGUGGCUUACUACCCAUUUUUCUCUCACUAAUAAAUCCCAGAAAUAGCUGCGACUUGAAAUUGACCAACGCAUGGCUUCUAACUCUUCCUCCAAUAGCCCUCGCACCGUCGAGGAGAUCUUCAAAGACUUCUCCGCCCGUCACGCCGCCGUCCUCCGUGCCCUCACUGGCGAUGUGGAGGAAUUUUACUCACAGUGCGAUCCAGAGAGAGACAAUUUGUGUUUGUAUGGACAUCCAAAUGAGUCUUGGGAAGUUGCUGUGCCGGCCGAGGAAGUUCCGCCGGAGUUACCGGAGCCGGUGUUAGGUAUCAAUUUUGCCAGGGAUGGGAUGGAGCGAAGAGACUGGUUGUCUUUGGUUGCUAUGCACACAGAUUCGUGGCUGCUCUCUGUGGCUUUCUACUUUGGUGCUCGCUUAAACAGAAACGAAAGGAGUCGUGUGUUUACCCUGAUAAAUGAUCUACCAACUGUCUUCGAAGCCGUGACAGGGAGGAAGCCUUUAAAGGACAAGCCAAGUGUUGAUAGUGGAAAGAAAUCAAAGAACAAUGCAAAGAGAGAAAAACAAAUUAAAGCAAAUCAAAGGCUACACGAGGAGAGUGAUGAUGGGGAUGAAGGGAAUGAAGAUGAGCAUGAAGAAACUCUAUGUGGAAGUUGUGGAACUAAUGGCAAUGAGGACGAGUUCUGGAUUGGGUGUGACAUAUGUGAAAGGUGGUUUCAUGGCAAGUGUGUGAAAAUAACUCCUGCAAAGGCUCAAAGUAUCAAGGAAUACAGAUGUCCUUCAUGCAGCAAUAAAAGGGCAAAACAUAUGGGUUGAGUUAUAGCUUUAGGAAGAGUUGAGUUCAUGUUAGCAUAAACUGAAGAUUGCUUAAUCUGCAGAUGAACCCCCUGACCUGCACAACUCCCAUUCUGCUGCUCCUUACUCUGUGUUGAUGUAUACUUUUGUUUCUUUUUUUUUUCUUCUCUCGAAAGUGAUUUCUGUUUCUUGUUAGUUUACAGAUGUAGCUUUAUAUCAGGAGGGAUAAAAUUAAGUUCCUUGUAA